AUGGGCAGCUCUUUGCGAGACAGAGCAUUCCCUGUCCGGCCACAAACUCGGGAUCGGGAAAGGCCUAUAACACGCGGCGAAGGGGAAAAUUCGCUGGUCGUUCCUAGCCGCACGUCGUCGCUGCAUUCGCGCAUUACUCAACCCAUCCCAUCCACACUCAGCGUUAAGCCUACCCAACGGACACCAAAAACACUCACCCAUGCCUACAUGGUAUGCGGUGUGGGCCGUGAACCCUCACAAUGGGUGAAGGCCCCCGCCCCCGAUCAGGGUAAGAUUGGCCACAUGAAGGGGGCCGUCGGCCAAUUCUGGCUCCCCGAGAUUCUGGGUAGCAGCCCACGACUCGAGCAGGACAAUGAAAUCGCACGAGCCCUGCACUCGGCCAUGAGGGCUUGUUUCCCUCACGACGUGGAGAUUUGCACUGGUAAGAGCCAGCCUCACUGUGCACACCACGCGUUCGUGUUGCAGCAAGACUCCUCUCACACUCUGUACGGUAUCGCGCUGCGCGUUUGGUCCCGUGCUGACGAGAAACGCGCGGAGACAAUCCGGGAGCUGCGCAAGAAGACGGAGCCGGACUUCUACGACAACCCCGAUGAGACUUACUGGAUUCCUUACUGCCUCAGCUUUCUUUCCCGGUAUCCUCUCUACGACCUGCUAGGUGAUUACCUCCGUGGCAUGUGGAUUCACUGGAAUAAGGCCACAAACCUGUUCCACGCCGAGGAGGUCUCCCGCAUCCUCAGCUUCCCUGCCCCUCGUCUGAAUGACUUGGUCCGCAUUGACAUGAAGGAUUACGCUCUCUGCUACCAAUUCCCCUCAUCGCCAACCGGUUUCCAGAACUUUGCUAUGUGGCCAUUGUUCACUUGUCUCUCGAUUCCCAACAUCGUUGGCGUGAUCGAGGCCGCUGUUUCGCCUACACGCCGCAUCAUCUUUGUCAGCCACUACCCGGCCAUGCUGACCGUCGCGGCUGAGACCAUCCGCUACUGCGUUCGCGUCUACGAGUGGAGUGGUCUCUACGUGCCCGUUGUGCAUGCCCGCCACGUCAAGGAGCUGAUCCAGGAGCCUGGUCCUUACAUUCUCGGUGUCACCGCUGAGUGCCGUACCCUGUUCAACGCCCCCUCCGAUGCGCUCGUCGUCGACUUGGACCGCAACUUCGUCCUCACAUCCAGCCCUCCGAAUGUACUCAACCAGGGCCAACGCACCAAGUUCAUCACUCGUAUGACCCAAUCACUGAACGGCGAUGUCUCUCCUUCUGGUGUGCCUGCGCACCUGCGCACCGCGUAUGCCGGCGGCAAGCUUAUCCCCGCUGGCCAGAUCAUUGUUAUGAGAGGCGAGGUUGAAAGCGUUGAGGAGCCUCAAUGGUGGAAUCAGGACGCUGUCAUGGGUGUCAUGGACCACGUUUGCGAGAAGCUGGGCCGUAACACCGGUAUGAAGGCCAUAUUCGGUGGCGCCGUCAAGAAGCCCCUGAUGACCAAGGUCUCGAUGCGUCACCUCAACGAGAUCGUUCGUGAGCGUAACCAGUACUCCCGUGACGCUAUGGAGGCGUGGCAGGACUUCAUCAACCUCAAGGGACGAAUGGACACCGAGCUUAGCAAGGUCACCAAGCGCAACAACUUCCUCGUCGAGGAGCUCGAGACCUGGAAACAGCAGUUCCUCAAAUUCCAGGCCUUUGCCGAGCAGCUCACCAAGGAGACCUCCGAGCUCAAGGUCAAGAUCGAGAACCACAAGCGCGAGAACCGCCGCCUCACUGGUCUUAUCGACCAGCAGAAGGAUGACGUUGCUCGUCUCACUCUGCGCCUGUCUGGUACUGAGAAGCAGCGUGACGAUGCCCUCGAGGCCCUCGUUCUCCAGCAGGAGAUUGCCGAGGAGCUCGAGCGCGAGCGCAAGCGUAACCAGAAGGAGAUCUCCGCCCUCUCGCACACUAACUCGACUCUCGCUCGCGAGCGUGAGGACGCCCAGCGCGUGGUCAUGCACCUGCGCAGCCUCAUCAACGGCCAGAGCCACCACAUGGAGCACAUCGUCCGGUCCAUUGGCAGCCGGUCGGAGAUUACUGAAAUGGUCGAGCAGGGCUACGAGGACGCUCCCGAGGAGCAGAGGGAGGAGGUGUCAGGCGUUGAGUCGAAGGAGUCCGUCAAGUCUGUCAAAGAGGUCACUGGUCACAAAUCUUUGGUAAAUGACAUGAGCCCCGAGUUGGAGCAGCAUUUGCUGAACCUCGGCAAGGAUCACAAGACCCUUGCUCGUCUGAGCAUCACAGAUGUCGCAGACCGCUAUCUGCGCGACAAAACAGAUGCCAUUGCAGAUAUCAUCCGCAGCAUCAGCGACCAGUGUGCCGCCGCUGUCGAAGGCCUGCACCUCGCCCAAGACGCCGAGGACGAGGAAGAAUCCGACCACUCCAAGCUCCACCAGAACGACCGCCUGGCCUCAAACUACGACACCGAGGAGGGCCGCUCUACCCGUGCCGCUAGCGAAGUCAGCGACGCCGACAACAGCUCCCUUCACCCGGAUAACCGCCACUCCAGUAUUCCCCCUACCCCGGAUCUGGUCCACAACCGCUCCAGCACUUCCAUGUCCAUGGUUAGCAGCUCGACUUUCCCCGAGCGAUCAAGUCAGCAGUAUGGCCCUGGCGAUUUCCCCACCCGGAUCGUUGAGGAUGAUGAUGAGCACGCUCACGAAACUGAAAACGUCGACGAUCAGCAGACCGAGACUGGCACUCUGUCCAAACAAGCUAGUGAGGAUCUGAUGCGCCCCACUACCGCCCGGGUCAUCUCCUAG